GUGGCACUAAUGGCAUGAAUAUUGCAAUGCAUUGUAAAUACAGACACAAAAUAGUCGCGCGUUUUCGCAGACAAAACACAAACACAUUCAACGAUAUUGUCUUUCAAUACGUCAAGACAUGGGAACCGCUGACAAGUCGUCCACCUCUACGGUUACCGCCGAUGGAAACCCAAACAUUCACUGGGUUGAAAAAUACAGACCAAGAAGUUUGGAUCAAUUGAUUUCGCACCAGAAUAUCGUCAGCACUCUGAGCAAAUUCAUGGCCGAGCGUCGAUUGCCUCACCUCCUGCUGUACGGCCCGCCCGGCACUGGCAAGACAUCGACGAUACUGUCCUGCGCUCGACAGCUGUAUUCACCGCAACAAAUGUCGUCAAUGGUUCUCGAGGUUAGUGUUGUUGUUGUGUUGGUCUUUGCGGACAACACUCGUUGCGGAUAUGAUGUGUUAAUCUGGUGUUUUGUCUCCACACGUGUGGAUCAGUUGAACGCGUCGGACGAGAGGGGCAUCGGUGUCGUGAGAGGACCGAUACUGAACUUUGCGUCCACUAAAGCCGUAUUCAAGUCUGGUUUCAAACUAAUCAUUUUAGACGAAUGCGAUGCCAUGACUAACGACGCCCAGAAUGCACUCCGAAGAAUAAUCGAGAAGUUUUCGGUGAACACCAGGUUUUGUCUGAUCUGUAAUUAUCUCUCGAAGAUAAUACCGGCCCUACAGUCGCGGUGCACGCGAUUCCGGUUCGGGCCGUUAAGCGCGGCGCAGAUAAUACCGCGCGUGAAGUUUAUCGCCGCCGAAGAGCGCAUUAACGCGACCGAUGAGGGCAUUAAGGCGUUGAUUGACUUGUCUGACGGCGAUAUGCGUAAAGUGUUGAACGUAUUACAGGCCACUUCUGCCGCCUUCGAUGUGGUCGAUGAACGCAAUGUCUACCUCUGCUGCGGUCGGCCCCUGAAGGAAGACAUCGAGCAGAUCCUCAGUUGGCUUCUCAACCAAAAGUUUACCACUAUUUACGAGAAUAUGCUCGAAAUGAAGAGAGAGAAAGGACUCGCACUUCAAGACAUUCUCAAACAAUUACAUCCAUAUAUUGAUAGAAUUGAUUUUCCGAUUGAUUUAAAGAUUGAAAUCUUGGAGAAGAUGGCAAAUAUUGAGUGAGAAUUUAAUUC